UAUUAUAUUCUAUGUUAGUCGAGUUGCAAAGAAAAGAAUACCUAUUUAAUGUUUUUUGUUUUAUUAGAAUCAGAAAAUAUAAUAACAUUGUAUUUUACCUACAUUAUACAUACGCUACAACUUAACAUUAUAAAAUGACGUUAAGUUUCCGUGGAUUUGAAAAGAAUUCAUCCGACGAAAGUGAUAGCGACUCUGGUGAAGAUUUUGAAGAAUUCAAUGAAAAUGAUAGUGCAGACAGCAUACAAGAUGAAGAAGAAAAUAUGUCUGAUGAUGAAGCUGCAACCACAAUGGACAAUGAAACUAAAAAUGGUGAUGAUGACGAAGAUGAAGUAGUAAAAGCUAUCAAAGCAGAAAAGAAUAAGCAACGAGACCAUCCUCCUACUAUUACAUGUGAUGAUUUCAUUGUUGACAUUUCAUUCAAUCCAUCCAGAAAUUUGAUAGCUUUAGCAAACAUUGUGGGAGAUAUUUUAUUAUAUGAAUACAAUACUGAAGAAACGAAAUUAGUUAACACACUGGAAUUACAUUUGAAAGCUUGUAGAGAUGUAGAAUUUGACAUUGACGGUACUACUAUGUAUUCAACUGCAAAGGACAAGGUUAUUAUGGCUGUUGAUGUAGAAACUGGAAAAUUAAAGAAAUGUAUUGAAGAUGCACAUGAAGAACCAGUAUACAGUUUAAAAUGUUUAGAUGACAAUAAAAUUGUUACAGGUGAUGAUGGAGGAACUGUAAAACUUUGGGACAUAAGAAAGCCAGAUCCAGUAUUCACACUUAAAAUUGGAGAUGAACAUGUUUCUGAUAUGAUAACUAAUGAUGCUCAGAAGUAUUUAGUGUGUGCAGGGGGUGAUGGUGUUCUUACAACCAUUGACUUAAAGGGAAGUAAGAUAUACACAACAUCUGAGGAAUAUGAUUCUGAACUGACAUGCAUGGGAUUAUUCAGAUCAGACAGUAAAUUACUGGUUGGGUCUUCAAAAGGAAAAUUUUAUCUAUUUAAUUGGAAAGAAUUUGGUUAUCACAGUGAUGAGUAUCUUGGUCAAAAACACUCAAUCCAAUGUAUGGUGCCCAUAACUCAGAAUAUAGUAGUUACUUCUGGUGAAGAUGGAGUACUGAGAGCUGCACACAUGUUUCCACAACGUCAACUUGGGAUUGUGGGGCAGCAUCGUCUGCCUGUGGAACGUCUUGAUAUAAGCCAUGAUGGACAAUUCAUUGCUUCAUGCUCACAUGAUAAUGAUGUGAAAUUUUGGAAUAUUUCAUAUUUUGAGUCUAUUGAUUCCAUUAUUGAUGUAAAUCACAAGCAAAACAAAAAGAAGGAUAUGAGUAACAAUCUACCAUCAAGCAGUGUAAAAAAUGCGGCAGAUUUUUUUUCUGGCUUAGCUUAAUAUUUAUUACGCGGCACAGGGUCCAAGCUGCGCGCGCCG